UGCACUGCUGGCUUGGACCAUUUCAUACUUCUGGAGCAGCUCUCUUGCCCAUAUUCCCCCUCCCUCGCACCGAUCACGUGGGCCGCUGCAACAGAGCAGUGCCCGGGCACGCAGAUGAAUGAUGGCGCGAUGGCGCGAUAGCGGUUGCCGAUCUGUCUGAGCCUCGAGGCGGUGGUACAAGGAGCACACCUGGCAGGACUGGCAGGCAGACAGGCAGGCAGACAGACAGGCUAGGCAGGUCGCCAUGAGAAAAGCUGGGCUGACAGGCUGAUUGCGCCUCUCUGGUUGUGAGACACCCUUCCUACUGACAGCAUCCUAGACGAUAUCCUGUGCAACGUUGAGUCGACUCACAAUGGCAACGUCUUUGGCUGGCCAGCUGGCCCGCCCUCGCCCUCGCCCUCGCCCUCGCCCUCGCCCUGGCCCUGGCCCUGGCCAGCCUGGCCAGCCAGCGGCGUCCCUACCAGCUAGGUACCAUCUUUCUGCCCGGAUACCCAGGAUGGCCUCGGCCUCGAGUCUGAACCGUCUCAUCCUCCACAAUAGACGUGUGAUCCUGCAGCCAAGUGACUUGAGGCGAAUACCACAGCACAUGCAUGACAUGCAACUGUCCAGGCUCGCCGUCUCCCGCCUCCCGCCUCCCGCCUCCCGUGUCUGCGGCGGAUCACACUCCUCCCGUCCAUUUGUAGAUCUUCGCCGGGAUGUGAGAGAGCGAGAGAGCCAGAAUGCAUGGGUGCCCCGGUCGCCGUUCCACAUACUUGGUAUCACCGACCGUACGACUCUGGAAUGCACUCUGAAUACACAGCUCGCCUGGCGUGGGUACUUACGCACGGCACUCAGGAUCGCGUCACCCGGUACAUGCCAGUGUGAUGGCCCGCUGUAUAGGCAUGGGCUCUACGACACAGCUACCCAGGACCCUCGCCUGGCUGGAGGUCGAGGGAAAGCCUCCGAGAUACCUGAGGGAGCCCACCACUCUUGCCUACGUCCCGACCACACGCCUCAUCAAUAUUAACAAUGCCCAGGAACCCCGGGGACUGUCCGAUGCUCGACCAGGGGCAAGCCUUUCGGCGUACGUUCGUCUUUCGUCCUGACGGGCCGUCACAGCACAAUGAUCUUACUGGCUAGCGGAUGUACCUGAAAAGUGAUCCGGGCGUCCCCGUAGAUCUCGUUGUUCGAGUGCGCUUAUUAGCGACAAGUAGGGGAUAUCGACACACCAUCCCUUUGAGGAAACGUCCGGUAACCAGCACGAUUGGAUUCGCGUUGCACCGUCCAUUUUUAUAUCAAGCACCUAUGUCUGCUUUUUCUUUUCAUGCACUUUCUUUUCCGGCUUCCCCCUCCAAUCUCCGUUCAGAAAUAAGGCAACAAAAAGAAACUUGGCCCCGCCGACAGCUUCCAGCGGCGCGAACAUUCCUGGCGAAGAUCGAGCACGGAUUGACGUUCUCAAACAGCACCGAGCAAGCUGCUUGAUAAUCAUUCAAGACGACCCCCAGCAGCCCAAUCGAAUCACCGUUAAGUGAAGACUCCCUUUUUCAGACCCGACCGAGUCACCAGAAGACCAUUUCCGUGUCCGGCAACAUUCUUUUCAUAGCCGGCACGACGUACUGGAAGAUCCUCUUUCCUGCACGCUGCGUUACAGUUCGACGCCGAUCCUCUGCGGUACUUGAUUCCGGGCCCCACCAUCCGGUGUAACCUCGAACGCCCACCCGUCCUACUCAUCCCGUGGUCUCAUACCAGUCACAAGCCAAUCAUUGUACACCCUUUCGACGAGGAUCACGCUUCUAGGCACUGUGACCCCCUUGCUCGACGGCCUCUUCCCCCCGCCCCCCCUGCCCACAUAGGUCCCACUAGUACUGUCAUCGAUCGCUUGGUAAGGCUCCUGGUCCCUGUUCUGUCACCUUGUGUCAUUUGUAUCCUUUUUCUACCUUUCCUUUUUCUUCUCUCCUUUUGAAAAUUGCACACUGGGCCCAUCGUCCCUGCUGCCGUUGCGGCCUCCGAUUUUGCUUAAUCAGUCCCGCACACCUUGCGUCCAUUCCGAGUUAUCGCUCGCGAGGGCUUGCAUCCUCCAAGUAACUCCUCGGUGCUCGCCUGUGGACCGUGUCAUCACGGGAGAGCGCGCCUGUCCCCUCCCUCUCUCUUCUUGCUGUCUCCCACAGGCAUCAGUGCAUAGGGCCGACAGACUCUGGCCCCUUGCGUCGAUUGCAGAGCACUGGUUCCCCAUUCCAUGCAGACCCCGUUGCUUUUCUCUGCGAAUGCCUGGGCAAGUCACCCACGGCAGAAAGGGUUUGUUACUGGCCUCUCAAAUCGACAACGAGAAAGAUGGCUCGCAGAGCAGUCUGCAUCCCUGUCAUCUGACACUUGCAGCUGAGCAGGGCCUGGGGUGGAAAGCGCCCAGGCGGUCAAUAUCGUUGAGGGCAGGAGCAUGCACUCGCAAACAGGGAGAACUCUAGAACCGCCUAGCUAGGGAGACUCAUCAAGGCUUCGACGCCCGUGUCUCUGAUACCACAUGCUACUUCGCCCUUCCUGGUGCACCAGACCCCACAGACCGACCGUGUAUCGCGCUCUCCACGGUCAGUCCGGCCGUGUCAAGAAAUGCGGCAGACUGUCCUCCCUUCGCAUCUUCCUUGUGCGCUUGCCCUGGCCACUCUAAACAUGCGCGACAGGCGUCUUACUUUUCUGAACCACCUUCCCCUUCAUCCCGUCUUCUCUAUACUUCACCCAGGUCUUCCUCCUGCCAGUGCUGCGGUGCGUGGUGUUGCGACCUUGUCUCGCGUACCUUCUUUCGUCCUCAUUAUCAUCGUUAUCCUACACCGAGCCCAUCAUCACCGUCGUCUUCAAGCACUCUGCCCGAUGCAAACGCGGACCAACCGUUCACGGGAGCCUACCGCUGCCCGAGCCGCCGGUCCCUGAUCACCUCUUUGAUUGCUAUUCCUGCCAACACCCUCGCCCAUGCGAACACGUUCGGGGUGCCCGCAUGAGAUCGAAUCCCGUAUCCACAUAUGUCGAGCGGAUGAAGUUUGUCAUCCACUGACAGCACGGCGCAGCCUCAACAUCCCAACGGAGUCAGACUUUUUACAUGUCCUCUUUCACAUCCAAGGUAUGCCAGAGUCUGUGACCUUGGCUCGUGGAACGUUUUGAAGGUCCCCCCAUCGGUGCAAGUGCCACAAGAACCCAAUGUCGACCAAUAAGACGCCAACUUGAUUGAUGUGGCGCUCUUGUACAGCACUCUUGAUCCUCUACCCCAGUGAUAUCAUGCAUAACAUGCUGACCGACUUUCUUCUACAGGCCACACACAUUCCCCCAUCAAUAUCACCCUACCCCCAGCAUUCGCUCCCGAGACAGUUGUCUAGCGCCGGCUCUUUCGCAAUUCGCACAUUUCGAAACAUAAUCAGCAUACAUCAGACUGGAUGUCUGCCCUCAAGCUUGACCAGCCUUUGUACAAGUUUUUUGAGUCGGGGAUUCAUUCUCAACGGCCGAUAAUUGUCGACUCGGACGCCCUAGAGUCACCUGAUACAGUGACUCUUCGCUACGAGGAGGAGGCAGCUGUGCGGGCCAACGGCGGAGGAGGGGACCUGCGAGGCGGCUCGUCCCCAGAUCUCUUGCCGAUGGCGGCAUACAAGCCUCAUCCGCCCCAGAUGCAUGGGUUCUCCGAGUCUUCCUACAACCAAUACAGCCCGCAGAACUUGCCGCAAUCACACCUUCACCAGCAAACCGAGAAUGCCGCAGCGCAAAUUAACCAAAUGGCAUACGCCGCCAAUAAUGCCGCGGUCGCGUCCAACAGUCGUAUAUCGUACAAUUUCGCGCUGGCGCCGUCCGGAUUCUCAGCACAAGGGUCACAACCAAGUGCAGGUCCUGGUGGCACCAAGAUUCACUUGCGCAUCUCCGGACAGUACGACAUUUUGUCUGUGACUUCGACGACACCGUACGUGUGGGUACUCUUCGGGAAUGCAGUGCAAAAGAGUCCGGCGCAAAUGAUGAAAGAGUCGCAAGACGCGACCGGCGCAUGCACGUACAGUAUCACGGUGGACGCACCCCCAUUUGUGGUCACAAAUUGGCAAGCGUCUUCUAAUGUACCCCUGACUAUUGUCAUUGAAAGCGCAGAUGGGCAUGAGCUUGCACGCGUCGGAUCCGCGGGGUCAUUCACAUAUACGGACGCAGCAGGUGCAGAGCUUCCCCAAGGGGCGGCCAGUCCACCUGACGGGUCCAUCACGCGAAGAAGUACCACCCGCUCACCUCUAUCACAUGAGCAUGAAACAUCAGUCCUCCAUGUCAACAGUCCUCCUGGCCUCACUGUACGCACGAGUGCCACUACCAGCCCUACAACUGAACACCUUCCCGGCUCGCAUCAACUACCGCAGCACGAUGUCGCAGAUCCGUGUACAAAUAACUACGGCUACCCAUCCGCUGCCGUCGCGCCAUCUCAGUCUCAAGUCCAGGUGCCGCAAGCGCAGGGGACGACUAGCUUUGGAGCGACAGCCUACGGCCAAAGCAACGACACAAUGCUGCACGCUUACCGAACUUCGAAUUAUUCGCACAACCAACACCAUUACCAGCGCAGCCCGUCCUCAUUGCGCUCCCCACACCAUGGACUCGGCGGAUGGGCCACGUAUGGUGGCUUGGACGGCCGUACAUCAACAUACUCAUCCGCCCACCACACUAACAUCACUAGGCCCAGCCUGCAUCCCUCUCUCCCGAUGCCAAGCGGCGGCCCUCCAACCCUCGUGCGCACGACAAGCAUACCACAAGGUACCUCAUCAAUGGGGUUGGGAGGCGCUUACAGCCCCUUUGUCACUCACCACAAGGCUAUUCUCCACAUCCAGGGUAACUUGGAAUCGAUGACGGUUGGCUGGACUCCCGAGGAGUGGGAAAAUCGAAGACGAAUUGUCAUGUUCAAGAAGUCACAAUCUGGUAGCCGCCUCACAGCCACCUUUCGAGCGGUCCCCGUGAACGAGCGGCCGCCCAACAGCAUAUGCGUGAGCUGCAUAUGGUGGGAGGAGAGACACGAGUGCUUUGUCACAUCAGUUGACACGAUCCACCUCUUGGAGCAACUAGUCGUCUCACCCAACCGCUUUACGGUCGAAGAGAAGAAUCGAAUCCGACGGAACUUGGAGGGAUUCAAGCCGUUGACCGUGAGCAAAGCAAAGGCAGAUUCGGAAGAUUUCUUCAAGAUCAUCAUGGGAUUUGGGAACCCCAAGCCGCGGAACAUUGAGAAGGACGUGAAAGUGUUUCCCUGGAAGGUCCUCGCCCCGGCCUUGAAGAAGAUCAUCAGCAAAUACAGCGCUUCGCCCUCUUCCACGGUGCCCCACUCCUCGCAUUCUCACCACACCCUGCUCACGCCGGUCAGCGUUGGUAGCAACAGCUAUGGCCUACCCCCUACACCAACGACGGCGGCAGACCCCACGGGGGUAUCGGGCUACCUCGGCGGUGCUGGACUGAGUAGCCACUCGGCACUGAGUGACAGCAUCCCAUCACCACGGUCCUUGACCGGUGGUGUGCCAUCCUCGUGGGCAUCAUACAACGGAUCGGGGCGGGAUGUGAGCCGGAGCUACUCUCCAACGGGGCUGUUGAAGACGUCAUCCCCGGUGCCAAGCUCGAGCUUACGACUGAAUGCGCUGCCGACGUCUUAUGACACGAGGAACUCGCAGACGGGUUUGUCACACUCGAACCACUACAGCCUACCGUCGCAAGGUAGCCACCACGGCCUAUCUGGAACACAGACAGGCCAAAGCGGGCGAUGGGACUACAGUGUGAAUUCAAUAUCAGACACGGGUGGCUAUGGAAGUGCUCGAGGAGGUUACAGUGAUUACAGCUCGUACGGAGAUGGUGCCAGUCAGCGGGCGUGAGUACGGAAGGUAACGACACGUGGGUGAGGUCAUCAGAGAGGAAGAGGGGCGGCAAGAGUCAUAGACAAGAAUGGGUGGAUUCGGGGAGGGGGUGCUAUAGAUCGGGGCGAGUGGGUGUACUAAUACAGGACUGGUGCGAGACACCAGGUGUUUUUUAGGAGGAGUGCUGCGAGAAAGUGAGACAUGACCAAGAUGGCAAAGAUAGAGAAGGCGAGCGGGCAUGAAGUGGACGUGGAGCAGAGGAUUGGACGGGUGGGCGAUAUCAGAGCACCACGCUUGGUUGGCGGACCGGCCAAGAGGAGGAGGUGGUAAGAAGACAAGAAGAGAUGAGGAGGAGCAAUACACACACGCACGCACGC